AUGGAUGAUGCUUAUUAUCCUCGAAUUUCCGGACCGUUCUAUAUACCUCAACCUAAUAUGCCUCCGGAAUGCCGAAUAAUGACACUCAGCCGCGGCCCGUGUGACCUGGACAACAUGAGUCUGUUCCAAGACCUCAAAUUAAAGAGGCGGAAAGUUGACUCCCGAUGUAGUAGCGAUGGCGAGUCGGCAGCCGACACUAGCACGUCGUCACCAGACCCGGGCCCGCCGUCACCGCGCAUGGCCGAGGCCGGAUGCAGCACGCCGCCGCACCCACCGCCUGUGUUCGACGGCGGCGGAUCGCCUACGCCUUCACCAUCGUGCCAUCCCACCGUCAUCCGCUCUGCACCACCUUAUUCAGUUAUCAAGUUCGAGGGCGCUCCUGCUGUUAAAUUGGAAAGCUCCUCGGCUGGGAAACACGAAUCUGCCCCCUCAUCUCAACUUUCUUCUGUUAAACUAGAAGCUAACCAAGCAGAGCCUCCUCAACCCUACAGACCCCGUGCUCUUGCACCCCCAUCGCAUAGUCCCCAUACAUCGCUUUCACCAGGACAUUGGCCACCUGCUGCUUGCAUUAAUGGUGUCAAACCUGAACUUAUUGGUGGAAAUUUCCCACCACAACCCUUAGAACCGAAAGGAGGAUCUCGAAGCUCUACACAAUGGCGAGGAGCACCAGCUGUAAUUAUGGGCGAAUCAGGAGGUGUGCGGACUAUGUUUUGGACGUUACCAGCUCCUGCUGCUAGCGGUGAACCGGCAGCGAGUGCUUCACAUACUCCGACUCCACCAACGCCAGAUCCAGGGACGUGUAGCGAAGAAUCAGCGGCACGUCUGUUGCUUAACCUAGGUGGAGAAUUGAGGAGACCUAGAGGACCUCGAUUAGACAUGGAGCUUCUCUGGGCAGGAGAUGUCUCGCAAUUGCCAGCCCAUCAACAAAUACAUGCGCUAAAUUUAAGUGCAGCGGCAGGAAAUGUGUCAGGCGUCACUGGUGUACCAAGUGCAAGUCCCUUAGCGAGCCGGUCUGAACUAAGAACGUAUGCUCCUGAAGCAGACCGUGAUGAAGAUGAACAACCAAUGAUCUGUAUGAUUUGUGAAGAUAAGGCUACUGGUCUACAUUACGGUAUUAUUACAUGUGAAGGGUGUAAAGGAUUUUUUAAAAGAACUGUACAAAAUCGGCGAGUUUAUACAUGUGUUGCCGAUGGUGGCUGUGAAAUCACAAAGGCACAACGGAAUAGAUGUCAAUAUUGUCGAUUUAAAAAAUGUAUAGAGCAAGGAAUGGUUUUACAGGCUGUUCGAGAGGAUCGUAUGCCAGGCGGUCGAAAUAGUGGCGCUGUGUACAAUCUGUAUAAAGUAAAAUAUAAGAAGCACAAGAAGCCAAAUACCAAGGCAGCGACAACAGCCAGUCGCGCGUCUCCACCUGAAAAACCUAAAGAACCUUUACCACCACUCCCACCGAACCUAGUUAAUGGGACUAUUUUAAAGACUGCAUUAACUAAUCCUAGCGAGGUAGUACAUUUAAGAGCAAGAUUGGAAAGUGCGGUAUCGUCCUCUCGAGAUCGAGCGGUACCUUUAGAAAGAGCGUUACACAUGAUUCGAGCGCUUAUCGACUGUGACGCGAUGGAAGACAUUGCAACCGUCCGUCAUUUACCUGAUCUCCUUCAUGACACGUCCGAAAUAAGCGAUAAACUUUGUAGAAUCGGCGAUUCUAUUGUACAUAAAAUGGUCGCGUGGACAAAAAAGUUACCUUUCAUAAUGGAAAUACCAAUGGAGAUCCACUCGAAGUUGUUAAUGGAGAAAUGGCACGAGAUCUCAGUCCUAACUACAGCAGCAUACCAGGCCAUGCACGGGAAACUCGCCCAUGCACCGCCUUCCUCAGAUCAUGAACACGACUUCAUGCAAGAGGUAAACGCCAACCUAAGAACAUUACAGAAUUGCCUAACGUCGCUAAUGGGCAGGCCCAUAACGUUGGAACAGUUACGGCUAGAUGUCGGGCUGGUGGUGGAAAAAAUGACUCAGAUUACCUGUGUAUUCCGGCGUAUACAACUUAGAAUGGAAGAAUACGUAUGCUUGAAGGUGUACAUACUUCUUAAUCAAGAAGUGGAGUUAGAGAGUAUCCAAGAUAGGUAUGUGCAAGUAUUGCGGAGUUACUUAGAGCAUGCCGCACCCCACCAUCCUGGCAGGCUUCAGGAACUUUUCGCUCGGAUACCUGAGAUCCAAGCGGCGGCGAACCUGUUGCUGGAGAGUAAAAUGUUCUACGUACCGUUCGUGCUUAACUCAGCGGAGAUCAGA